UGAUGUUAUUUCUGUCAGUUUGAUGGUCAGUCAGCGCUGUUACUGCUGCUGUUUGAUCAGAUAUAACAAGGAAAAAGUUAAAUUGACUUAUAAAGAAGUAAGGAUGGCAGUUUGGGACAAAAAGAUUCCCUGGAGCUUCAUGCUGUUUCUGGCUGGUGUUGCUGGUGAAGGUGUAAACUAUCCACCUCCUGUUUGUGCUGUGAAAGGGUCGACUGUUACCCUCCCCUGCACCUUCACACCACUGAAGUCCUUCAAUCAGAGUGAAAAACAAGUUCCACUGCGGAUCGUCAGAGUCCGCUGGUGUGUGAACCAUGACGUUUGUCAAGGACCCACCCCGUCUGUGUAUGACAGCAGGUCAACGAUGCCCGACUCUCGUUACCGAUACCUGGGAGACAAGAAGGGAAACUGCACUUUACAGAUCAGAGACAUUCAGAUGAUUGACAAUGCAAUCUUCUACUUCAGAAUGGAAGCUGACAACCCUGCAGGACAUUUUACUGGGGUGUCAGGAGUGAGAGUCAGAGUCACUGAACCGUUCAGAAUGAGAAUAAAGAGCUGCAGUGAUGCCGGAGAGCUGCGCCGGAAUCAAAAUGUCACACUGAGCUGCACAACAACAUCCUGCACCUUCCACCAGCUGGAGGUCACCUGGUUCAAAGAUGGCAGCGCCCUCCCACAGUCUGGCCCCGCCCUCCAGCUCGGCCCGCUGACUGCAAAGGAUUCUGGGAACUACACCUGUGGUCUGAAAACCGAUACCAAGACAAUCUCCCCGCCGUACGCCGUGCAUGUGAAGGAGGCAGAGGAGAAGGAGAAAGAUGAAGUCACGAAACUGCUGAUUGUUCGUGUGGUUCUGUUCACGCUGCACACUGUGCUCAUCGUCAUAGCGACAGCCAUCAUCAUCAAAAGGACAUGUGUUCGCAAGAAAGCAGCAGCAGCAGAGAACUCAGAGACGUGUGAAGGUGGAGUGAUCUGUGAGCUUUCUACAGUCUGACUGCUGGUCUUCAUCAUCAGCUUCGAUCCGCUGUGGCUGCUUUCCCUUUUUCUCUUCUUCAUCUCAUCUGUGCUGUUUGAGCUCUGCUUCCUGUUUCAGCCUGCAGACUUCAGCUGUGACACGAGGGCAGACUGACGUUAUCAUCUGAAUAAUAACAUAUCUGCUCUAAUAUGAUAUAUUCUGUAUAUAAGAACUGUAUCUAUCUGACCAGCUGCUUUCACAUGAAGAAUCAUUCUGUUUUUAAUGGUGUCCAGAUAUUGUUUACUGUCCAUCAGACUCUUUGUUGUCUUCAUUUAUCAGCUUUGGCUCAUUAAGAUAUUCAGACUAUUUGUAUUUGAAGACACAUUGCUAACAUGAAAAUAUGGAGUCUGUUUCACUCAAUUUAUUUCUUAUUUGAUUUCACAUUUAUUUAGCAGCUGCAGUUGGACUUGUGUGGUUAAUAAAGUUACAUACCGAAUCGUU